CCCGUUCUGUUCUUCACUAAUUCUUCAAAAUAAGAACACCCAUAAGAACAGAACACCCAGAAAUUCUUCCAUUAAUCCUUCACCAAAAAACCCACAAGCGGAAUCACAAUCUUAUCCAUUUUCAGCCCCAAAUUUCAGGUUGAUUCUUGUUGUUCUUCUGUUGGAUAUUGAAAAACAAUUUUGUUGUUAGGUUUUAGACAAAAACAUUGUUGAAUCUUUGUCGUGUCUGCUAGAAGAGCUGAUGCUAAGUGUAUAGCAUGGAUUCUCACCAGCUGUUUGGAUUUGGGGUUAAUAGUGCAGAAUUUUCAUAUACAUCUUCUUAUUCCUCUGUUCCAUCUUUACCUAAUAGUUUGCUUGGACCUGUGAAUUUCAACUUAAGAAAUUCCCCUGUGUCUUCAUCGCUAUUUUCGUCGCAAUUCGAAUCGGAUUCCUUUACGACGACGACUGUAAGUGAUAACCAGGAUCAAAGGAAUUCCCCGGAUGAUCUCUCGGGACUUAGCCCUUCGUGUAAUUCAUCGUUCGAAACGAGUAGCUUUAAUCGAAUAGCUUCGUCGUAUUUGGGAACAAAUGCAUUUGUUUAUGAGGGUUGUUCUACUGAGAAUAUAAGCUAUGCUUUGAAACAAUUGGAGAGUGCUUUGAUGGAACCUGAUAAUGAGGAAGUUGUGAACAAGCCUGAUGAGAGUAGCAGGCCACAGAUGAUGGGGCAGAGACCGUACUCGUGGAGCCAAGAUCGAUGUGGUGGGUCGUCGUAUGUUGUUCAGUCUCAGAUGUCGCCGGUGUCGAGAAGCCAGCGUUCUGAAGAAGUUCGAUUGGGGAAACGCCAGAAAUCGAUGGAUGAACCAAUAUUGCAGCAGGAUGGAUUGCCAUCGGAUAAUCUUAAGGAGUUGCUGAUUGCUUGUGCAAAAGCUUUAGCUGAGUACAGGAUGGAGGAUUUCGACAAAUUGGUUACUGCAGCACGAGGUGCUGUGUCUAUCGGCGGUGAACCGAUCCAACGUCUCGGUGCUUACAUGGUUGAAGGACUGGUGGCGAGGAAAGAGGACUCGGGGGCGAAUAUAUACCAUGCUCUAAACUGUAGAGAGCCUGCAAGUGAUGAUUUGCUUUCUUAUAUGCAUAUGCUAUAUGAAAUCUGCCCCUACUUGAAGUUCGGUUACAUGGCAGCAAACGGGGCGAUCGCCGAAGCCUGUCGAAACGAAGAUCGCAUUCACAUUAUAGACUUCCAGAUUAGUCAAGGGACACAAUGGUUAACUCUUCUUCAGGCACUUGCAGCUAGACCGAGUGGAGCUCCACAUGUGAGGAUAACUGGUAUCGACGACCCUGUUUCUAAAUAUGCUCGUGGUGAUGGGUUGGAGGUCGUAGAGAGUAGGUUGGCCGAGAUCUCGAGAAAGUAUGGAAUACAGGUAGAGUUUCAUGGAGUACCUGUUUUCGCUCCAAACAUCACGCGUGAUAUGCUCGACAUCAGACCGGGGGAGGCUCUAGCUGUAAACUUCCCGUUGCAGCUUCAUCAUACCCCAGACGAAAGCGUGGACGUGAACAAUCCACGGGACGGGCUGCUAAGGCUGGUGAAGUCAUUAUCCCCAAAGGUUGUAACUUUGGUAGAGCAAGAAUCAAACACCAACACAACCCCUUUCUUCAACAGGUUUGUUGAAACAUUAGAUUACUACUUAGCAAUCUUUGAGUCCAUUGAUGUCACUCUACCAAGAGACAACAAGAAGCGUAUCAACGUCGAGCAACAUUGUUUAGCAAAAGAUAUCGUUAACGUCAUUGCUUGCGAGGGGAGGGAACGAGAAGAGCGACACGAGCUCUUCGGUAAGUGGAAAUCAAGGUUGACAAUGGCAGGGUUUCGCCAGUUCCCGUUGAGCUCUUAUGUCAACUCCGUCAUUAGAAGUCUUCUCAGGUGUUAUUCGGAGCAUUACACGCUUGUCGAAAAGGAUGGAGCGAUGCUGCUGGGAUGGAAAAACAGGAACCUGAUAUCGGCCUCGGCAUGGAAUUGAGAGCACGAGAAUGCAGCUAAACAAAGACCGAGCUCGUGACGACGGGGUAUGGCUUGCUAUUAUACUGACUUUGACAUUCAAUUGAUAUCUGCUUACUGUUUAUGGAUUAUAAGUGUUUAGUUAAAAGUUCUAUUUUGCAUUCAUUUUUUUCUCUGGAGAUUCAAUGCUGAAAACUGUAAGAGAAAUAGUUCUAUUUGGAGAUAAAUAUACCGGACCCGAAAUUUUCUACUUGA